AGCAAAGAAGUUAGUGGUCAAGGUUUAUGAGAGGCGAGAUUUGAGCGUUGGAGCUGCGCAUCGUGAGUAGACUUGCGCUUUCCAAACACGAAUUAGGCAAACUACCUCACGCAAGUCCACAACCUAGUCAAACCAUCUACUUCAUUCGCCAACUGCCGCUCAAUUAUCCCAUCUGCACGUUCCAUAAAUAAAUUCCGAGCAUUGUUAACCAAUAACCACCUUAUCGGUUCUCAGCCUUCGACUCUCACAAACCUCACCUUUCCCCGCAAUGCCUCACUACGAAGUCCACCACACAUGCCCCCUCACCCUGGCCCAAAUCGACGCUCUCGCCUCCGCGCUCACGGAUCUACACUGUCUUCUCUUCUCCGCGCCCUCCAUCUUCGUAAAUGUCACAUUUCACCGCACACAACACAUACACAAGGAUAACAACGGUAUUUUCCAUACAACUGGGGACACGCAGCAUAUAAGAGUCGGGGGCCGAAAUGUCAUGACGAAUUAUAUAAUAGGCCAUGUGCGCCCCCGUGGUCCGGAAAAUAGGCACAAGCUCGACACGCUCGUCCAGGAAAUCAUGAGGAUAUGGAAUGAGGAAGCCCGUCCCUUGCUAGAGGAGUCAUCGUCUCGCCGCGAGAUUGAGGAAGCGAACGAGGACAAGAAAAGGGUUGCGCAUGGAUCGAAGGAGAGACUGGGACGAUUGGAUGACGAGAGGGCGCUUCAUAACGUGUUCAUCAUGGAGGAUAUUGUGGCGGGCGCGGAACAGGGCUUCACAUUGCCCCUUGCAGGUCAAGAUGCUAAGUGGAUUGAGGAGAACCUGGCAGAGUUUGAGCAGAGAGCUGCAGCUGGUGAUGAGAGUAUGAAAGCGCUGGUAAGUGAGAUCAAAGAUAAAAGGAGUAAAGAAGCGGCGGGUAAGAGUAAAUUGUAGUGCCGUGUCUAUCUGCCGGCGGAUGCUAAUUACUCGAGCGCGCAAGAUCACGUCGAGUGAGACUUUAUUAGAACUAGCACAGGUGUUCUAAAAGUAUGCAACAAUCACUAGUCUUAUAGUAUUCCAUCGUGAACGCUGGAAAGUCCGAUGCAA